AUGUCGGAUGGUGAGAAGACGCUGAAAAAAACAGUAGAACGAAGUGUUACGAGGUAUUCGAUUAAUAAAUAGAUUAUUUAUUGUUGCGAUAAUCUCCAAGGCUAGAGACAAAUACACGGCUUGCUUGGAUUCGAAUUUGACCGCUGGAAAAAUCGGCUGAACAGGUUUGUAAUGAUAAUAAAGGCAGAAAUUGAAAAAAAUGUAGAAAAAAAUUAUAUUCUAUAAGUUAAUAUUGUAACAUCAUUCUUUGAUUUUUCUUUGAAGCUUCUAAAGUAUCAAAUAUACCAAGAAAAAAUUGAUUUUGAAAUCUAAUAAGGUUGGUUUUUCAACUCUCGAUCGAUGCAAUAUUGUUUUUGCGACCCAAGACGCGAAAGUCCAAGGUGGCCUAAUAUGACAAAAAACGGCUUUUUAGGUUGAGGAGCUUCUAGUAAUUGCUUAUACUCUUUCAAAAACUCCAAUAUUUUUUUAACAGUUUAUCAGCUAGAAAGUAUGAAUAUAUUCAGGCCGAGUGGGCUUGCCGAGCCGAAAGAAAAGCUUUCGACGCGAAUUGUCCAACAUCUUGGGUCAACCACUUUAUUCGCAAAAAUCAGUUUGAAAGGUUUUUCCGAGCUUCUUCUCCAACUUCACCUCCUUCUCCAGGUACAAGCAGAACCUCUCUGAACAAGGUGUGAAUAUCGUCGACAAAAAUGAAAUCGACAAUUAGAAGAGUCGCACAUCUUCGAGCCGCCCGUUUUCGUAUCAAAUCAAGUCUCGAUUUGUCUUUCCGCCCUCCGAUUGUGCCUUUUUCCAGUGUAGCUAGUCAUGUAGGAACCUGUCUUUCUCCUUAUAAUAGUCAAUAAACGUUUUCAGACGUCUCCUUCGGAUUUCCCUAUACAAUACCGAUUUCUGCGCGAUCAGAACAAGCCUAGUUUUGAGCUUUUCGCUGUCGGUCCCACACUCGAUUUCGUUUUAAGGUUUUGAUUUUGUUCGAAAAGAAAAUUCUUUGAUUUUUUAAGAAAAACCGAAAAUUUUUAAAAAGGGUUCCGAAGAGAAAAAUCGCCUCCAUUGUGAUAUUCAGUUACUUGAGUCUGCUGCGCUUGUAGAACCUUAGAAAAUAUUGGCAAAUGUUUUAUAAAAAAAAUUUAACAAACUUAUAGUUUAAAGCUUCUAAUCACGCUUUAGCGAAACAUUUUUCGAAUUGGCUGUCGUUCCACAAGUGAGAAGAAUGAAAUACAGAUGGUUUUAAAUUAUCUGUCUGAGUGGGGAACUUCCAGAGCAAAGCUGUACAACACCAAAGAAAUCCUCGACAAGUGUCUGCGGACGGUUCAAGAAUGUCUUGCUCAGAAGCUCAAUUCACCAAAAAUCGUCUCGAGUUCUGCGAAGUUCCUGGCGUGUGUCUACUGGCAGGGACCCUCAGAACGGAGAUCUGAAGUCCUGGAACUUGCCGAAGCCUUCUCCAACUAUCGUAAUGAGCGAUUUGCUGAGAUUGGUUGGUUUUUUGUUGUUGCGAAAGUUGCUUUGCGAUUCGAAUAAUUAGCUGAUUAAAUUUUAUUUCGAGCACAGCUUGAAUUUUCAAGUAAUCAAACUAAAAUUUUCAGAACUUAUAAAAAAAAAUUGAAAAUAAAAAAUCACAGCUCUAAAUUUUAGGGUUUUCUGAAACAUAUUUCAAGUUAAAAAAGUUACUUUUUCAGGGCUGUUUCUCAAUUCUGUACUCGAUCCUAAGGAAUUCCUACGAAGGAUUUCAGAUGAACCACCAAAAAUGAUCAUCCAUCCAGUUCGUUUCUCAAAUAUUUUUUGAACCUUUCUGCGUGGUCUUUUUCCUCUCCUGCAGCAUCGCCAUACCAUCCCGAUGUUGAAAAAUAAAUUAUAAAUAAAGCGAUUAAUUGAGAUUAAUAGGUACCUUUAUAUAAAACUGUCCCUCUUUCUUUCAAUAUCAUUUUGUUUUUUCCAGAAUGAGCUUUCAUUAUGUGUUGGACUCUGUUCUUUGCAGUACGACGACUUCAAAACGGCGAUGUUCGUUUUUUUUAAUGCUCAAGACCUUAUACUCUCGUUUUGCAAAAAAAAAGUUUCUAGGGUUUUCCUGCGUCCCAAACCAUUUGAUCAAACCUUCCACGAGUUGGUCGUCAAAGGAGUUUGCCAGAAAAUCAAAGAGAACAAGGUUUAAAAUCUUUCAGAUAGUGGAAAAAGUUUUCAUUUCAGAUAUCUAAUAAGGAAAUAUUUUCUUGGACUAUGAGCAAACUUUUGGACUCAAAUCUUCUCACUAUUGAAAGCGAGACAUACGCGGCGACAGUUGGGCCUAUUAUUGAGUGAGUAGCGAAAUUAAUCGCAUAUGACUAGAAAAUAAGGUUUUGAAAGCUCAAAAAAAAACCGCAUUCGUGAUCUUCAUGAUUAUCUUUCAUGCUGCCUUUGCAAUCGCUCAUACUUCUGUACUUCUGGAGAGAAGUUUCUUUUUUUCCGCUGUUUUAUUUCUACAAUUCAUCAGCUCGCUGAACUAUUGUCAAGUUAGGAAUUUUUUCCGGAAAUUUGAUUUUGAGUGAGAAAAUAGACUUGAAAAAAUCAUCAAUAAUCACAACGAAAGCUGAUCUUGAUAAAUAUUUCACUUUUAUAUCGAAAAAUGUGUUUUUAAGGGCUAUAGAGCCACAGAAGUAAGAAUAAUCAAGUUCAGAAGAAAAUUAAGAAAAAAAAAAUAGAAAUAUAGCGAUGAAUUGUUUUCAGGUCAACUUUAUUUUAAUUCCGCAUAAAAGUUUCUAAUUAAUUGAAAUUUUAUAUUAUAAAAUAAAGUUUCAGUUGAUUGGAAACUUGGAUCAAUAACUCUUUAGAAAAGCCGCUUCUGGUUCAUGUAUACCAUUAGAUAUGAAAAAAAAAACGCGCUACGAGAGGAAAGCUCAAACCUCAUUUUUAUAAGGAAAGUGUGCUUUCAAAAAUAUUUCACAGACUCUCCUGCAAAAGUACAAAAGAGGCCAGAGAAAAUGGGAGCGUUUUGAUUUUGCCGAGUGGCAAGAAAUUCGACCGACUUGAACUUAUUGAUUCCGAAUCGUUUGGAAAGUUAUGCAACGACAUUGACGUGAGAUACAAGUCAGGGAAUCAAGGUUUUUGGAUCUUGAAUGAAGGAAUCAAAAAAGAUUCAUACUUCAGGCCUGAUCUCCUGGAUUGAAGUGAAGAAAGCUUUGGAGGAAGUGAGAAAAAUCAAGAAGAGCUGCAAGUCGAAAAAGGGCGAAGGAGUCGUCGUGGUGGACGCCUACAACUUCGGAAACGGCUCCGUGCCGAAAAAACCAGCAAUUGAUCGGUUUCCCAGGAAGAAUUCGAAAAAGAAGAAUGCAUGUCUAUUUUCAGACUGAAGGCGUCCUACAAAACCGUUGUCUUGGUCGUCCGACAUGCCGAUGUCGCCACGGCUAGGCUCCUCAGUCCUCACGUUUUGAGCGCCAGCCGACUGUUAGAAUUUUAUCUUGAAAUUUAUGAACUGGAGUUUCGUUAAGAAUUUCGAGGUUAUAACAGCCACAUAUCUUUUCUCAAUAAUUUUUUAUCUUUUUCACUAAAAUUGUUGGUGAGACGAUGAAGUUUUUUUUUGGCAUCACCUUGACGCACACUGAUCACGUUUUUGUUUUUGCAGUUUUAAUGUUUAUUUGACAGAGAAAAAUGCUUCAAAAAAGAUUUUUACAGAUUAUUUGAAAUCUUCAAAAGAAAGGUUUUUCACAGCUGACCUGUCUCUUUGUCUCCAAAUGUUUUUUGUCUAUUUAGAAGCAUUACAAAUCACUUACUUUAAUGAAAAGAUGUUUCCACGUAAAAUCAGUAUGCGAAAUGUCGCCAGGAAACUAUAUUGUUUUUCUCAACCUUGUUUUAUACCGGUCCUUUUCGUCUUGGCCGUUUAAUCUGCAACUUUCAUCCAACUCCGGUUUCAGAUCAAGCGACGAUAUCAUCGUGAUCAGAGCGGCUCUGGAGUUCGGCCCACUUGCUCAUGUGGUCUCCAGAGACCUCUACCGAGACCAUCGUGGACAACUGAAACCGGAAGUUGACGCAAUCUGGAAUCGGUGGUUCACCGAUGCCGUCCACACGUGCAAUUCCACUGCCGGUGUUGUCGAGGUUGAAAAAGCUCCCAAGACAAGUUCAAACUUUUUCUUUUCAGCCCAAAAGAAACUUCAGCCGACGGGUUCACCGCCUAGAUGAUGGAACUUUCCUCAUUCCUGUCUUUGAAAAGCUGCCAAAUAUUUCGCAAUACAAGUACUUGAUUGUUUCUGCACCUUGA